AUGGUUCCCACGACCGCCUCGCUGGCAGAGCGGCCCAUGAGAAAAUACACGACGCUGGAGGCUUUUGCUUUGCAUGAGUCUGUAACACCGGACCGAUGGUGCAUCAAUCGUUCAGACCUGAACUACCUGUGGAAGGAGGUGAGCAGGGCCAUCCGGGCUGGCGAGAUACGGCCGCCAGAUGACGGCUCUGACGACUUUCAGAGCUCUGACGAGCUGUACGGGCCCAGCAUCUACACGGUGAACACGCAGCACAUCAUGCCGGUGACAGAGGAAGCAGGCAAUGUGAGCUGGGCUUUGAUGCGACACGCGGAUGGCUUGGACUGCGACCUGUUCAUCAGCCAUGCGUGGCAGGAGGGCAUCUUCGAAUUCCUCUCCAAGGUACUGCACUCCUGGCCCGCAGGUACACGACACGCCUGGUGCUGCAUGCUGGCCAACCCGCAAAACUUGGACAUUGGAGCCUUGCUGCAGUCUCCCGGCAGCUCCCCGUUCGCGCUGGCCCUGCAGGCUUCGACGUGCGUCCUCGUGGUGCCCAACCGCCACUGCAGCAUCUACACCAGGCUCUGGUGCGCGUACGAAGCCUACCGAGCGCAUGAGGAGGGCAAGGUUAUCUUCAUUGCCCGUGGGUCGAACUGGAAGGAAAUCGAAGUGGCCGUGACGCGGAUGAUCCUUUCCGGACUCUUGGGCAUGCUCCUGGGCUUCUUAGAAAGCCAUCACCAUUCUGACACGCAUGCUUUCCUUGUGUGUAUCCUGGCUGCUGCUGCGUUCGGCAGCGCGAACGUGGAAGCCGACACCUGCCGCAAGGUUCUAAACAACAUUGGAGCCUUGACAUGUGGCUCCAUGCUCUUUCAAUGGCGCACACUUCGAGGAGUAAAUGCCGUUGCAGGCAUCGCUUCCCACAAAGCCCACACACCUUUGUGGCCCUUCAUCGAAGAGCGCAUUUGCAUUCUGAUUGGCGCAAGCUUCUUCACGUUGCUGGAGGUUGACCGGGUCAACGCCCAAGCUCGCAUGCAGGAGGCACUCCAACUCAGCUGUAUGUUUCAUGGCAUCGCAGAUGCAACCUGUUCAAAAGCAGCCGACCGGGAACGGAUUGUUGGGGAGAUUGGCGACAAGACGGCUGAUGUUGACCACGCCAUCGACGUGCUCCUUGCCGCGGGCAUGUCAACACCAACGCUUCGGGAACUUUCGCGCGCGGGCGUGGACAUCCACAAUGCUGGGCACGCAGAGGUGGCCGUGCCGUUUGUUGCCAUUGUAACGAGUCUGAUUACAUUUUGUCGACUUGCUACUGACAUCCUCUACGAGAGCAAUCCUUGGUACAUAUGGUUCUUUCAAAGCACGAGCUUCCUCGCUCGUGCCGCGCUUCUGGCUGUCCUCUGGGUGAGCCCUCGCGAUGAGAGAUGUUUCAUCCUGAAGAUGAUGACCAAGCUUGUGGUGCUGUAUCUGGUUCUUGCCACGCCCGCUGUGGUUGUUUGGGAGCUGAGGGCUUCGGACGGAGUCUCGCCGAAGCGGGGCUGGUUCGCCGCGCCUGCGUCCAUCUACACGAUCAUCCUCGGAUUUGCUUGCUUGGGCAUGCGCCGGCUCGUGGCGCUUCCCUGCUGUGGGUCGUGCUUGCUGCGGCUCUUCCUUGCGCGGGGCCGGGCUCUGUCCCUUUGGGGCCCUGGGGCCCCGGAGCUGGGCAGUGAAACAGACGUGCUCUCCAAUGACGACUCGGAUUCAGAAUUCUGCGGCAAAGCCUCUGAUAUCUCAAGUUCUACGUGCUAG